AUGGAGCUGAAAAUGGAUCGCGGACUUGAAUUGCAGGUCGUGAAGUUUCUGCACUCUUUCUUCCCCAUAAUCGCUGCGACAUAUUACUUUGUUGCUUGCUUUGUGAAAAGCAUAGCGUCCCCUCUAAAGAGGAAGCCGUCUGCUCAACAGCCAAAAGGUUUAAGACUUACGCUUGGCUGUAUUAUGCUCCUUGUAUUGGCAACUUAUGUUGGCGAUUCAACGGCAUUGAUAUCCGCUGCAAUUUCCAAGGCAGUUGCCUCCCCGCCGCAGGACUCCAUCAUCUUUGCAUUGGCUUCCUCGCUUCUUUGGUUCAGUACUAUCUUGGCGUAUAUCGAUGCUCAAUCUCCUCCGGGCUAUCCUCUUUACGGGUGCUGGAUCCUCUAUUUUCUAUGCGAACUUGCGCUGCUUUCGCUCUCCCUUCGACUUGACCACGCUCGAACGAAGUUAUCCGUCAUCACAAUGAUAUCCCAGGCAAUUCGACUGUUUCGGGGGGAUGGCGCCGAAAACGCUUAUGGUUCAUGCAACUCUCGGAGUAAUUCAAUAGCUGAACCCCACGUUUCUAAAUUGGAUCCUGAAUUGAAUAAAGAAGGCGAGGAGGAAAUGAAACCGAGAGAGUUGAAUUUGUGGGAUUUUAUGAAAAAUUUACGGGCUAUUGUUCCAUUCUACUGGCCUUCGGGAAAGCCAAAGCUUCAACUCCUAUAUUUGUGUAUUGGCAUCUGUCUGGUAUUCCAACGCAUCAUGAAUAUCGUCAUCCCUCUUCAGAUAGGGCUGAUUACCAACAUCCUCAGCAAGAAUGACGGAACUUUCCCCUGGAGAGAAAUUUCCUUUUUCAUUGCCCUCCGGCUUUUUGAUUCUAGCUGCGGUCUGUCUGCGAUUACGAAGUUCCUUUGGGUACCGCUGGAGGACUACUCAUACACGAACCUGAGUUCAGCGGCAUACAACCAAAUCAUGGCCCUGUCGAGCGACUACCAUGACAGUAAAAGCUGUGCGAAUCUGUGGCAAUCAGUCUUCCGAGGCCAAGGUGUCAAUAACAUGGUCCACAUGCUUUGUUUUGUUAUCGGGCCUAUGGUGAUUGACCUUGCAUUAGCUGUCAGUGUUUUGUAUUACAUAUUCGAUGCAUAUAUGGCUUUGGACAUCGCGGCUAUCGCUGUGUUGUUUAUGUGGUCAUCCGGCAAAAUAAUAAAUACGCAGGCAAAGAGGCGUCGCCAAUUCGUUGACAACAAGUCAAAGGAGGUUGCUCAUAUGUGUGAGACCACGGCAAACUGGUACACAGUCUCAUAUUUCAAUCGUAUAUCCUACGAAGAAUCGAGAUACGCCUCAUGCAUUAAAGACCAGCUGGUUUCCCGGCGUGGGUAUCUGCUUUGGGUCCAUAUGGAAGAGUCCGUUCAAUCCCUGUUUUUGCUUCUAGGACUGAUGAUUGCCUGUUUUAUGGCAGUCCACCAAGUUAUUAAAGGGACCAAACCCAUCGGACACUUCAUUAUGUUGCUUAGCUACUGGGCGCAGCUGACUGGUCCUCUUCAGCUCAUCGCAGCCGGGUUUGGCAGCCUUGCCAUGGAUAUGAUCGACAUGGAAGGGUUCUUAGAGUUAUUGAGGCAGAAACCAACUAUCACUAAUCAUGUGGACGCAAAACCCAUGCGUCAUCUUGCCAGUGGUGAUAUUGAAUUCACUGAUGUGACAUUUUCGUAUGAUGGCAAACGAGAGGUUCUCAACAAUGUGAACUUCAAAGUCAAGGCCGGACAGACCGUAGCACUAGUCGGGCAGACUGGAGGUGGUAAAACGACAAUUUUACAAAUGCUAAAUCGCUUUUACGACCCGACUUCAGGUAGUGUGAGAAUCGACGGACAAGAUAUAUCUCAAGUCACACUCGAAAGCCUCCGGGCAAACAUUGGCGUCGUCCCCCAGCACCCCGCUCUCUUCGACGACACCAUUAUGGCCAAUAUCCGAUACGCGAGGCUUAGCGCUACUGACGAAGAAAUAAUUGAAGCCUGCAAAGCUGUGGCUCUUCAUGAUCGGAUUUCAACCUUCACCGACGCUUAUAACACCUUGGUGGGUGAACGUGGCCAAAAGCUCUCAGGCGGUGAGCUUCAGCGCGUUGCAAUUGCUCGCGCGAUCAUCAAAAAUCCAAUAAUUGUGCUUUUGGACGAAGCCACCAGCAGCAUGGACAGCGAAACCGAAGCUCAUGUUCAGGGAAGUUUAAAUCGCCUUAGGAAAGGACGAACAACUUUUAUAGUUGCACAUCGCCUCUCUUCUGUCAUUCACGCGGACAAAAUUAUGGUUGUUGAAGGUGGCAAAAUCGUUGAGGAAGGAAACCACAGGGAACUAUUGAACAGGAAGGGUCACUAUUACCGACUCUGCGCUUUCCAAGGAGGAUUCGAUAUUCCUGGACAUCAUCGGGCCAGAUUUCCAAAUGAUACCAUGGAUAAUGGAGAAAACCCACUAUUUAGGAACGAUUCUGAUCCUGCUACUAUCUCACCAGAAGUAACAUUUACUCAGCCAACAAACAUCAACCAUAACUUUUCUAACGAGGCAACUUGUUGGUUUUCAAGCAACAUUGCAGAGGAAACUAGUGGUGACGCCGAUCUUCUCAGCAGUUCUAAAGAGAAUGUCCCGGCGCUAGCUAGAAAGAGACCCCAUCCUGAGCUCUCCUUGAUGGAGAAAGGAGACCAAAAAGCCAAGUCAUUAUCCCCAAGAAUGAAAACGAUGUCAGGACAGCCUCCUAUGCAUAAUGGUGAUGCUGAGUUGGUGCAGGGAUGUGUUUGGCAGGGAACCACUGAUGUUGUAUCAGAUUCCGCGGUUGUGCUGCCAAAAUAUGCUCAACGACGUCGGGAAAUGACCAAAAGUGAACCAACAACCAAAAGUCAAAACGUCGACGAAAAUACACCUUUAAUUGAUUUGGAGACUGCAGCGCCGUCCGUUCCGCGCAAAGGCCAGUCGACAACAUCUAAUCAGCGUCGUCGCCGGCGUUACCAUAACUGGAGCAACAGCGAGAAUCGCAAGCGGGGAACGACCAAGGCUAGCAUUCGCGAUACUGGAUCAUCGUCUUGA